AUGGACAACUUCAUCAACAAGGCCAAGGAGUUCGCCGGCUCUGAGCAGGGUCGCGAGAUGAUGCAGAAGGCCGGCAUCGGCGGCGGCAACUCGAACAACAACAACAAUGACUCGUACGGGUCAGGCAACGAUAACUCGUCUUCUGGCUACGGAGGAAAUGACAACUCUUCCUCGGGAUACGGAUCCAGUGGCCGUGACCAAUCUGACAGCUACGGAUCCUCUGGCCGUGACCAGUCCGACAGCUACGGCUCUUCUGGCCGCGACCAGUCUGACUCGUACGGAUCCUCUGGCCGUGACCAGUCGGACAACUUUGGGUCUGGCGGUGGACGCGACUCUGACCGCAGCAGUGGCGGAGGAUACGGUGGUGACAGCGACCGCCAGCAGUCGAGCUACGGCGGAGGCAACGACAGCUCCUCGUUCGGAGGCAGCGGUGGUCGUGGAGACAACGACUCGUCCUCGUACGGAGGUGGCCGUGGCGGAGACAACGACUCGUCCUCGUACGGUGGCGGCCGUGGCGGAGACAACGACUCGUCCUCGUACGGAGGUGGCCGUGGAGGCGACAACGACUACUCCAGCGGGGGUGGCCGCAGCGGUGGAGGUGGUAGCUUCGGCGACUCGUCCGACCAGGGCGGAUACGGCCGAAAUGACCAGGGCGACUCCUACUCUAGCGGCAACCAGCAGGGUGGCGGCUACGGUGGCUCUGGUGGCGGCCAGUUCGGCGACAACGAGCGUAGCUCGGGCAACGACUACUAA